AUGGCAAUGGGUGCGCUGCUCGAUAUCAAGCCACCCCAUCUAACAGUGAUGGCAACGGCUUGGAGAGCGGCCAUCCGCCUCCAUCAAGCUGAAGAAUGGUCCCCGGCGAGCGGCGGGCACACCGAGAUCGUCAGAGAUCUGGGUUCGGAGUCAAUUCUGACCCAAGGUGGAGACCGCUGCAAGACGGAGUACCUCUUCAGACGAGAAUAUGAUUUAAUCGUCCCAGACAGGGAGAAAUGGCUGGAGAACCCAAACGGCAUUCUGACGUCGGGGGGGCUGGUCUGGUUCACAGACGGCUCCAAGACCGGAUCUGGCACCGGAGCCGGGAUUGCGGGGGAGAGCCCAAGGGUCGAAAUGACCCUCAAACUGGGCCACCACGUUACAGUCUUCCAAGCAGAAGUGUUUGCCAUCUGGGCUUGCGCUAAAUAUAAUUUGGAAAGGGCCCACUCAGGAAAAUACAUCUGUAUCUGCAGUGACAGCCUAGCCGCGCUUAGAGCCCUCCACAAAGUGGAAAUUGGGUCGAAGCUAGUCAAGGACUGUGCACUGACUUUGAGACAGCUAUCUCUGAACAACAGAGUAAAGCUGCUAUGGGUACCAGGUCACGCUGGUAUCCCAGGCAACGAGAGGGCCAACGAACUGGCACGACUGGGGGCGACAGGCUCCCAGCCAUGCCAUGAGUACCCCAUUGCCGUCUCAACCUAUACGUUGAAAGACCUGGCUAAGGACUGGUUAAACCAGGAAUUCACCAGGCUCUGGCAUAACGCAAACGGCAUGAGACACACGAGGGCCCUACUUGAGGGGCCGUCACAAAAGCUCGGUGACACCUUAAUCCACCUGGACAGGGCGCAACUGCGCGUGCUCUUGGGCCUAGUGACAGGACACUGGUACACGAGGAAACACCUCGCGCGCAUGGGACUCACCGAGGAGUGGACAUGCCCGAGGUGCGAGGAGGAGGACGAAACACCUCUCCACGUACUCCUAAGAUGCAGGGAACUAAGGGCCCUUAGAGGAUCAAUCCUGGGGACCAUGGAACCCUCAUCAUUAAGCAUUUCGGCUGACCUGGUGCCGGUGCUUCUAAAUCUUGCAAGAGAAGCCCAGCUACCAAGGUACAGCCAGUAA